AUGGUUUACAAUCCCCCUUCUGGAACAGGUACACGAUAUCCAAUAGUACCAGUAAAUGGUACACUUCAAGCUAGAACAGACUGUGGUUCAAACAACUUUUACAAGACAGUUGAUGACCUCAAAGACAGUAUAAUAACGGGUGAUGGUGAACCCCGAAUGGCAUUUGCUAUAAAUAGUCAAAUUCCAGGGCCUUCUUUGAUAGUUUAUGAAGGACAACAGAUAUUGAUUCGUGUGAAGAACGAUCUAUGGAUGGAAGGUAUAACAUUUCAUUGGCAUGGACUGCCACAGAAAGGAACACCCUACAUGGAUGGAGUACCAAGAGUGACACAAUGCCCUAUCAAUCCUGGAGAAACUUUCACUUACAGAUUUACGGCACAACCAAGUGGAACAUUUUGGUACCACUCUCAUUUAGGAACACAAAGAUCGGAUGGAUUAGCUGGUGCUCUCAUUAUAUUAGAAAAUCCUAGCUUACAGACCAAGAAACGAAAAGAACAACCUGAUGCUCCCGAGUUCGUGUUCUUGUUAUCUGAUUGGUUCCCAUUUGGUUCCGCUACAGCAGAUAAAUGGGCUGCCUGGGAUAUAAACAGGUUUUCAGACAACCUGACCGGGGAAAAAUGUUUUGAUGUCAAAAGAACAUAUGAUUAUGCAGAAAUAGGACAACGGGGAAUACAAACACCAGUUAUAAAUGCAAAAGGAAGACGAUACGAGGAAGAUGGAUCUACGUAUUAUCCGUAUAUACCAUUAGAAAUGUUUGUUGUGAAGCAGGGUGGCCGAUACAGAUUUAGAAUUAUAAGUAUAGCAGCAAUGAAUGCUUACCGUGUGUCUAUUGAUAAUCAUGAAUUGAAAGUUGUGGCAGUUGAUGGGACUGAAGUGGAAGCAGAACAAGCAGAAUCAGUUAUACUACAUUCAGCCGAGAGGAUAGAUGUUGAGAUCCAAUCAAAUGCUCCUGUUGGUAACUAUUGGAUACGGAUGGAAGAUAUGGCAGCAAAAGAUACAAAUGAGAAACCAAUAAACAUGGUAAAAGGUUAUGGUAUUUUGAGAUAUUCAACAGCUUCAAGUGAUGAACCGAUCAGUCUAAGAACAGAAUGCACAAAAGAUCGUCCAUGCCGUGUCAUAAACUGCCUCUUUGGCAAAUUUCCAGAGGAACUGAACACGUAUUGUGUACCAAUGUCAUCACUGAAGUCGUCGAAAUCGGAAAUAAAAAACAAUCCUGUUCCAUUGCCCGUAUCCAAAAACGACUUCCAAGAAUUCUUCAUGAAUUUUCACUUUACGAACUUAAAUAAUAAUCCAAAAGCACAGUCCUCUAUAAACGGAAUAAGAAUGAAUUUACCUGCGUCUCCUCUACUUGUAGAUUCUGACAGUCCUGAUUCAUCAACCUCGUGUGACUUUCAGAAUUGCACUUCAGUUUGUACCUGUACACAUAUGCUAAACCUUAAAUUAGGAAACGUGAUCCAGUUUGUACUUAUAAAUUACGAACCUACUGGUUUCGGAAGAGCUCAUCCUGUACAUAUGCACGGCCACAGGUUUCAUGUGAUGAAGAUAGGUUUUCCUGAAUAUAAUACAACCACUGGAAACUUAACUAGGAUGAAUCCUGAUAUAAAGUGUAAUACACUGGAGUGUAAUAGAGCUGAAUGGGCGGACAAAUUGUGGAAUUAUGGCAAUGUACCUGGAAUGAAUGUUGACAAUCCACCAAUUAAAGACACUAUCAUUGUGCCCUGGGGUGGAUACGUUGUCAUACGAAUUGUUGCUGAUAAUCCUGGUUAUUGGUAUUUCCACUGUCACAUCGAACUGCAUAAUGUAGACGGAAUGGCUUUGGUGUUACAAGAAGGUAAUAGAACACAGCUGCAUACAUUACCAGAUAACUUUAGAACAUGUGGAGAUUUUGUAUUGAAAGAUAAUGAAAAGGUAGCACUUUUCGGUGACGGAUUGCUUACUGAUUCAACAGAUUCGACAUAUACAGAUAAAAAAGGCAAUACAGCCGAACAAAACAGAACUUACAUUAUAGCUCUUACAGUAUUUCUGUGUAUAUCUAUGGUCACAAAUAUUAUAUUAAGUUCACUCUUGUCCUCAAGAGGGAGCUUUGUUACUAAGCAAUCUUAUACAGCUGCUUCAGAAUUUACUCUAAAUUCUGAGGAGAAGCGACAUUUGAUCGAAAGCCGGUUGAGUCAAUAA